AGUGUAUGCAGUUUUUAAUUCAAAUUUUAAAAUGUUUAAAUUUUUAAUUGAAAUUAUGUCGAGUGCACUAAAAUGGUUGCUGUCAGAAAAUACUAGAUGAACAGAAUUUUCAGUGGAUUUGACAUUUAACUUCAGAGAAGUUUUUUAAGGGAUGCAAAAAUGAGUACCAACAGGUCCUGCCUUCUUGAUUUGUCCCGUUUCCGAACUUCUGCCCACGGACAUGCGGAGUUUGGGGGCCUCAACCGCGUUGUUAUGGUCAGGAAGCUGGAGGAGAGGACAUUCAAAGCGAAAAAUGGACAGGAAAUUGUUACGAGAGAAACGAUAGAAACAUUUCGUGGUAAUGAGAAAACGGAUCGAAAAUUUACCAGGUUAUUGAAGCCAAACUCACUAGCCAGAUUGCCUUCAAAUUUGUCCAAUUCGCUCUCUGAAGAUCCGCCAUUGGAAGAGGAAAACUUCGAACAAAAUUUUCUACGUGCCAUAAACAAAUUAAGAAAUAAGCAUGGCUCGCCAAAUUUGCAUAUUUCUGAUCGACUGAGAAAUAGUUCGCAAACUUUAGCAGAUUCCAUAGCUGCUGGAAAAUCUAUUAAUGAUGCCUCUAAAGAAAUGGAAGAUCAGAAUCUAGGCAUAAAUGUAUACUGGUCAAGUGCUGGAACACCUAUUACACCUACAAGAAUAUUAGCUCAUUGGUAUGGAGAAGGAAAAAAUUAUAUCUCGAAUAGAGCAGAAAGUUGUGAUGACCAAUUUCGAUCUAGUAGUGAAUUUGAUCAUUCGCAAAGUGAACAUGAGAUGCAAGAAGUUUCCAAAAAACAAAAUGGCACAAAGUCACCUCAUGAAAAAAAUGUUUUGCAUAAUGGACAUGGAUCUAACCUUAAGCGGGAUUUUGUUAAUCGAACAUUUAAAACAAAUGGCACAGAAAAAAAUGAAGCUUACGAAUCUGAUGCUAGUACGUCUAAUUGUACAUCAAAAUGA